UGCAGUGGUUGAACCCGGCAAACACAAAAUACCCAGAAUCAGGCAUUAUCUCAUACCUCAGGCAACCAAGCAUCAUCGCAGUCCACCAUUUCAACUGCCCCUGAUGCUGCAGCAGUCAGUGACCUUGAUGAUGGCCCAUUCAAACCCCCAACACAUCUCUGCUGUGCAGAGAAGCAGGUUAAAACAAGGAAAAGGGUAGCUCCUCAGCAUAAUGAACAGCAAAACAAGAGGUGAGCACUUGAUACUCCUGUACAGCAAGCACAAAGAACACUGCAGGUCCAGCCAAUGCAAUCACCUCAUGAUGCACUGGUGACAAGUACCAGGCCACUGGCCCAGGUAAUGCCACCCCGUGUCUCACAAUCGCCUCGGGAUGCACUGGUGACAAGUACCAGGCCUCCUACUCUACAACAGACCCGGAGCCCAUCCAGUGCCCAGGCUGGACCUAGCACGCCACAUCCAGGCCCAAACCAGGUUUCCCAUGCCCUGCCUGUACCUAGAAAAGUGCAUAUGGCAAAUCGAAUAUUAGGUCCGCCGUCAUUGCCUGAAGCUCCUGGCAGUGAGGCAGGGUCCAUUGAUUUGGAUGGUAGCUUUUUCUUCAUGCAUCGUGAUGAUGGAAGCCACACCCAAAUAUCUGCACAUGAUGCCUUCCUGAAGCUCGACCAGCUCGCUCGACAGCAGUUUAUCAUGAGUCUCAACAAUUGGGAGGUUGAGGAACCUGUUGAGCAUGUUUUUCCUUCAAUGUCUGCCAAUGAUGCAAUGUUCAGGACUGCUGUGCAAAAAGUCCGUGAUCUGUACAAGACAUGGAAGAAUUGA